ACAUCGGCUCCAUCAUCGCAUCCGUGAACCCCUACAAGACCAUCGCCGGCCUGUACGAGCGCACCACCAUGGAGCGCUACAGCAAGUGCCACCUGGGGGAGCUUCCCCCCCACAUCUUCGCCAUCGCCAACGAGUGCUACCGCUGCCUGUGGAAGCGCCAUGACAACCAGUGCAUCCUCAUCAGUGGUGAAAGCGGGGCAGGUAAAACCGAAAGCACUAAACUGAUCCUCAAGUUUUUAUCAGUCAUCAGUCAGCAGUCUCUGGAGCUGUCUUUGAAGGAGAAGACAUCCUGUGUGGAGCAAGCCAUUCUCGAAAGCAGCCCCAUCAUGGAAGCUUUCGGCAACGCGAAGACUGUGUACAACAGCAACUCCAGUCGCUUCGGGAAGUUUGUUCAGCUGAGCAUCUGUCGGAAUGGGAAUAUUCAGGGCGGGAGAAUUGUAGAUUAUUUAUUAGAAAAAAACCGAGUAGUAAGGCAAAAUCCGGGGGAAAGGAAUUACCACAUAUUCUAUGCACUGCUGGCGGGGCGAGAACAUGAGCAGAGAGAAGAGUUUUAUUUAUCUGUGCCAGAAAACUACCACUACUUGAAUCAAUCUGGAUGUGUAGAAGACAAGACAAUCAAUGACCAGGAAUCCUUCAGAGAAGUUAUUACGGCAAUGGAAGUAAUGCAGUUUAGCAAGGAAGAAGUUCGGGAGGUUCUGAGGUUGCUGGCUGGUAUAUUACACCUUGGGAACAUUGAGUUCAUCACUGCUGGUGGGGCGCAGGUUUCCUUCAAAACGGCCUUGGGCAGGUCUGCAGAGUUACUUGGGCUGGACCCAGCGCAGCUCACGGAUGCCCUGACCCAGAGAUCCAUGUUCCUCAGGGGGGAGGAGAUCCUCACGCCCCUCAACGUCCAACAGGCAGUAGACAGCAGAGACUCCCUGGCCAUGGCACUUUAUGCACGCUGCUUCGAGUGGGUCAUCAAGAAGAUCAACAGCAGAAUCAAAGGCAAAGAUGACUUUAAGUCUGUUGGCAUCCUUGACAUCUUUGGAUUUGAAAACUUUGAGGUUAAUCACUUCGAACAGUUCAACAUCAACUAUGCAAAUGAGAAACUUCAGGAAUAUUUCAACAAGCAUAUUUUUUCUUUAGAACAACUAGAAUAUAGCAGAGAAGGAUUAGUGUGGGAAGAUAUUGACUGGAUAGACAACGGAGAAUGCCUGGACUUGAUCGAGAAGAAACUUGGCCUCCUAGCCCUUAUCAAUGAAGAAAGCCAUUUUCCUCAAGCCACAGACAGCACCUUACUGGAGAAGUUACACAAUCAACAUGCUAAUAACCACUUUUACGUGAAGCCCAGAGUUGCCGUCAACAAUUUUGGAGUGAAACACUAUGCUGGAGAGGUGCAGUAUGACGUUCGGGGCAUCUUGGAGAAGAACAGAGAUACCUUUAGAGAUGACCUUCUCAACUUGCUAAGGGAAAGCCGAUUUGACUUCAUCUAUGACCUCUUUGAACACGUUUCCAGCCGCAAUAACCAGGAUACCUUGAAAUGUGGAAGCAAACAUCGGCGGCCCACGGUCAGCUCCCAGUUCAAGGACUCGCUGCAUUCCUUAAUGGCAACGCUAAGCUCCUCUAAUCCUUUCUUUGUUCGCUGUGUCAAGCCAAACAUGCAGAAGAUGCCAGACCACUUUGACCAGGCGGUUGUGCUGAACCAGCUGCGGUACUCGGGGAUGCUGGAGACGGUGCGGAUCCGCAAAGCUGGGUAUGCAGUCCGAAGACCCUUUCAGGAUUUUUACAAAAGAUAUAAAGUGCUGAUGAGGAACGUGGCUCUGCCUGAGGACGUCAAGGACAAGUGCUCGGCCCUGCUGCAGCUGUACGACUCGUCCCACAGCGAGUGGCAGCUGGGGAAGACGAAGGUCUUCCUUCGAGAAUCCUUGGAGCAGAAACUGGAGAAGCGGCGGGAAGAGGAAGUGACUCGGGCAGCCAUGGUGAUCCGGGCCCACGUCUUGGGCUACUUGGCACGAAAGCAAUAUAGGAAGGUCCUUUGCUGUGUGGUGGUCAUACAGAAGAAUUACAGAGCGUUCCUUUUGAGGAGGAGGUUUCUGCACAUGAGAAAAGCAGCCAUAGUUUUCCAGAAGCAACUCAGAGGUCAGAUUGCUCGGAGAUUGUACAGACAGCUGCUGGUAGAAAAACAAGAGGAGGAAGAAAAGAGGAGACGGGAAGAAGAGGAGAAGAGGAGACGCGAGGAGGAGGAAAGAGAAAGAGAGAAGGCACGAAGAGAAGCUGAGCUCCGCACCCAACAGGCCCGGAAGCAGCAGGAACUGGAGGCCUUGCAGAAGCGGCGGAGGGAAGCCGCGCUGAACCGGGAGCUGGAGAAGCAGAAGGAAAACAAACAGGUGGAAGAGAUCCUCCGCCUGGAGAAGGAAAUCGAGGACCUGCAGCGCAUGAAGGAGCGGCAGGAGCUGUCCUUGACCGAGGCCUCCCUGCAGAAGCUGCAGCAGCUCCGGGACGAGGAGCUCAAGAGGCUGGAGGACGAGGCGUGCCGGGCCGCGCACGAGUUCCUGGAGUCGCUCAACUUCGACGAGAUCGACGAGUGCGUCCGCAACAUCGAGCGCUCGCUGUCGGUGGGGAGCGAGUUUUCGGCGGAGCUGGGCGACCUGGCGGAGACCGCGUGUGGGGAGAAGCCCAGCUUCAACUUCAGCCAGCCCUACCCGGAGGAGGAGGUCGACGAGGGCUUCGAGGCCGACGACGACGCCUUCAAGGACUCGCCCAACCCGAGCGAGCACGGCCACUCGGACCAGCGGACCAGCGGCAUCCGGACGAGUGACGAGUCCUCGGAGGAGGACCCCUACAUGAACGACACCGUGGUGCCCACCAGCCCCAGCGCCGACAGCACCGUGCUCCUGGCCCCCUCCGAGCAGGGCUCCUCCGGCGGGGAGCCCACCUACUGCAUGCCCCAGAACGCGGGGGGCCUGCCCUCCCCGGAGGGCGACUACGACUACGACCAGGAUGACUAUGCGGAUGGCGCCAUCACCUCCGGCAGCAGCGUGACCUUCUCCAACUCCUACAGCAGCCAGUGGUCCCCAGACUACCGAUGCUCCGUGGGGACCUACAACAGCUCCGGGGCCUACCGGUUUAGCUCUGAAGGGGCGCAGUCCUCGUUUGAAGACAGUGAAGAGGACUUUGACUCGAGGUUUGAUACAGACGAUGAGCUUUGCUACCGGCGGGACUCUGUGUACAGCUGUGUCACGCUGCCGUACUUCCAUAGUUUUCUAUACAUGAAAGGUGGCCUGAUGAACUCCUGGAAACGCCGCUGGUGCGUCCUCAAGGACGAAACCUUCCUGUGGUUCCGCUCCAAGCAGGAGGCUCUGAAGCAAGGCUGGCUCCACAAGAAAGGCGGCGGCUCCUCCACGCUGUCCCGGAGGAACUGGAAGAAGCGCUGGUUCGUCCUCCGCCAGUCCAAGCUCAUGUACUUCGAGAACGACAGCGAGGAGAAGCUCAAGGGCACCGUGGAAGUCCGGACGGCGAAAGAGAUCAUAGAUAACACCAGCAAAGAGAACGGGAUCGAUAUCAUUAUGGGCGAUAGGACCUUCCACUUGAUCGCCGAGUCCCCGGAAGAUGCCAGCCAGUGGUUCAGUGUGCUGAGUCAGGUCCACGCAUCCACGGACCAGGAGAUCCGGGAGAUGCACGAUGAACAGGCAAACCCACAAAAUGCUGUGGGCACUUUGGAUGUGGGGCUGAUUGAUUCCGUGUGUGCCUCUGACAGCCCCGAUAGACCCAAUUCGUUUGUGAUCAUCACGGCCAACCGGGUGCUGCACUGCAAUGCCGACACGCCCGAGGAGAUGCACCACUGGAUAACACUGCUGCAGCGAUCCAAGGGGGACGCCAGGGUGGAGGGCCAGGAAUUCAUCGUGAGAGGGUGGUUGCACAAAGAAGUCAAAAACAGCCCAAAGAUGUCUUCCCUGAAACUGAAAAAGCGGUGGUUUGUGCUAACCCACAAUUCCUUGGAUUACUACAAGAGCUCGGAGAAGAAUGCUCUGAAAUUGGGGACCUUGGUUCUCAAUAGCCUCUGCUCAGUUGUCCCUCCGGAUGAGAAGAUUUUCAAAGAGACAGGCUACUGGAAUGUCACCGUGUACGGACGGAAACACUGUUACCGGCUCUACACCAAGCUGCUCAAUGAGGCCACCCGGUGGUCCAGCGCCAUUCAAAAUGUGACUGACACCAAGGCCCCGAUUGACACCCCCACCCAGCAGCUGAUUCAAGACAUCAAGGAGAACUGCCUGAACUCGGACGUGGUGGAGCAGAUUUACAAGCGGAACCCCAUCCUCCGCCAUACCCACCACCCCCUCCACUCCCCACUCCUGCCCCUGCCGUACGGAGACAUAAACCUCAACUUGCUCAAGGACAAAGGCUACACCACCCUCCAGGAUGAAGCCAUCAAGAUCUUCAAUUCCCUGCAGCAGCUGGAAUCCAUGUCUGACCCCGUUCCCAUAAUCCAGGGCAUCCUGCAGACAGGGCAUGACCUCCGACCUCUGCGCGACGAGCUGUACUGCCAGCUUAUCAAGCAGACCAACAAGGUGCCGCAUCCGGGCAGCGCGGGCAACCUGUACAGCUGGGAGAUCCUGACCUGCUUGAGCUGCACCUUUCUGCCGAGUCGGGGCAUUCUCAAGUACCUCAAGUUCCACCUGAAGAGGAUACGGGAACAGUUUCCAGGAACUGAGAUGGAAAAAUACGCCCUCUUCAUUUACGAAUCUCUUAAGAAAACCAAGUGCAGAGAGUUUGUGCCUUCCCGAGACGAAAUAGAAGCUCUGAUCCACAGGCAGGAAAUGACGUCUAUGGUGUACUGCCACGGCGGAGGGUCCUGCAAGAUCACCAUCACCUCCCACACCACGGCUGGGGAGGUGGUGGAGAAGCUGAUCAGAGGCCUGGCCAUGGAGGACAGCAGGAACAUGUUCGCCUUGUUCGAGUCCAACGGACACACCGACAAAGCCAUCGAGAGCCGAACCAUCGUAGCCGACGUGCUAGCUAAGUUUGAAAAGCUGGCUGCUACAUCAGAGGUGGGUGACCUGCCCUGGAAAUUCUACUUCAAACUUUACUGCUUCCUCGACACCGACAACGUGCCAAAAGACAGCGUGGAGUUCGCAUUUAUGUUUGAACAGGCGCACGAAGCCGUCAUCCACGGCCACUACCCGGCCCCUGAAGAAAACCUCCAGGUUCUCGCAGCGCUGCGGCUCCAGUACCUGCAGGGCGACUACGCGUUGCACGCCGCCGUCCCGCCUCUCGAAGAGGUUUACUCGCUGGAGAGGCUCAAGGCCCGCAUCAGCCAGUCCACCAAGAGCUUCACCCCGUGCGAGCGGCUGGAGAAGCGGCGGACGAGCUUCCUGGAGGGCACCCUGCGGCGCAGCUUCCGCACCGGCUCCGUGGUUCGGCAGAAGGCGGAGGAAGGGCAGAUGCUGGACAUGUGGGUCAAGGAGGAAGUCUCCUCCGCGCGAGCCAGCAUCCUGGACAAGUGGAAGAAGUUUCAGGGCAUGAGCCAGGAGCAGGCCAUGGCCAAGUACAUGACCCUGAUCAAGGAGUGGCCUGGUUAUGGGUCGACGCUCUUCGAUGUGGAGUGCAAGGAAGGCGGCUUUCCCCAGGAGCUCUGGUUGGGCGUCAGCGCGGACGCCGUCUCUGUCUACAAGCGUGGGGAGGGGAGACCAUUAGAAGUCUUCCAGUAUGAACACAUCCUCUCUUUUGGGGCACCCCUGGCAAACACAUACAAGAUCGUGGUUGAUGAGAGGGAGCUGCUUUUUGAAACCAGUGAGGUGGUGGACGUGGCGAAACUCAUGAAAGCCUACAUCAGCAUGAUCGUGAAGAAGCGCUACAGCACCUCCCGCUCCGUCAGCAGCCAGGGCAGCUCCAGGUGAAGGCGGGAGUCCAUGUGUCUUCAGUGUCUGACUGCGCCCCCCUGUGACCUCAGCCGGCUCCUGCGUGCCGAGCCCGAAGCAGAGCUGCCCAAGCUCUCCGGAAGCCUCCUGCAAGGGAGGUGUCUCCGAGGGACCUUUCGCCCUGUCCACUUCAGUGAUCAUGUAUUAAGCUGUCAACCUUAACCCAAUUUCCAAAGCUUUACUACUCUUAGAUGACACAUGCCUUAAAGAGAGCGGGAAAAAAAAAACCCAUGCUGCCUCCAAAGCAGCCAGAAGUGCCUUAACUUGUAGAACCAACACUAGUGGACCUUAAAUGUGCUACUGAAGGGGAAUGCUUCCCCCCACUUUGUUGGGGAGACUGACAAAGCUUGGGGGGGGCAUUUAUCCAUCAAUUAUGCACUAACCUCCCAGCCUGAUUUCCCGAUGCUGAGGGAAGGUGAGGGAGUGGGGAGGGGGACAGAGGGACUGCAGGGGACAGUGUAUUUUAGUUGGAGUGCUGCUGGCAGCCUUCCUCGUGGACACGUAUUGCCUUUGUUUCUUUGUUUCAUCUUUUAAGUAGACGUGCUUGCCUGUGCAUGCAUGUGGUCACAAACUCAUCACUUUAAUCAUGGUUUCAUGAGCAUUAAAAGCAAAGGGAAAAGGAUGUGCAAUGGUGUAAACAGUCUGUCUGUAUAUUUUAAUAGUUCAGAGUUAUAGUCUCCAGUUGUUCCUUUAUAAAGUGGUUUUAUCAAUAAACCAGAAGCCUGGCAUUUUCUGUCUUUGCUGUAUUUCGAAAGCCACGUUCGGACUCCCAUUUUGUUGUACGUGUAGCCGAGUCUGCAUUCUAUGUCUGCUGUAUUAUAAACAGGUGUGCAGCCUGCAGGCAACUGUAUUUAUAAACCACUCUUAAACAGCUGGCUCCAAGGCUGUUUUUAGAACUAUAUGAAGUCGUUUUGGAGUCUUUAGUUUCUAAAAGAUUUAAGUUAAAAAAAACCCCACAAAACUGUUUCCUUGAAGGUGAGCUUGUAUCACGCUGGGUAGAUGAUGAUAUAACCAUGUUGAGGAUGUGGGGGGAGAGGCUGCAGUCCGUGAGCGAAUCUUGAUAAAGAACCCUGACACUAAAUGCUGAGGCUUUAAUAAAAUUCACGUAUUUUAUCCCAAGUUUAUCACGGUGGUCUGAAAAAAGGCACCUGUAAAUAAAUCAGCAUUUAUGACCGGAAGAAAAAUGGUCUGCUCUUGGACUUUUAUUUUUAUAUGGAAGAGUUGUAAAGACUUAGGCCAACUAAGUCUGCUCACAAAGAAAAAACAAUUGCCUUAUCCCUACGGACAGCCAUGUGAAAUCAUUGUUUGUUGGCUCAAAACAGUCUGACAAUAAAAGAUAUUAGCUAACA